ACUUGACCAGUGUUGGCGGAUGCGCUGCUAGGUACACAAACUGCUCCCAAUACCGCCUGAUGUGGCAAUGACUAAGGGCUGGGGGUGCUCAGGGAGAAAUGUUAGGGCCUAUCCUGCCUCCCAACUUCUGGUCCUGCCGUGGAGUGGAGCAUAUGGAUCUCGGGAUUGGGAGCCACUGUAAUUCCUAUUUUGAAUUCUGCAGUCUAGAAACUAGAAUUUUUUUCUGGGCCUCAGUAUCCUUAUCUGUAAAAUCAAAGGCGUGGGCUCUAGUUGAAGGCCUUUUCGCUCAAUGAUUCUAGAUUCUUUUCCUUGGGUCAGUAGAGAUGGGGUGGCAGCCACCGACCAGGGCGUUGACAGGCCUGUGUUUCAAGUAUGUAGCCCCAGCCUCCCCCAAGCCGGGAACUGGAGUGGGGGAUGGGGAGGCGUGGCUGCCUCCCCGUCCCCGAAGGCGGCCUAGAGGCGAGUGGAGCAAGCUAAGCUUAAAACCAGGGACGGCCACCCCCCUUUCCUACUCCCCGCCCCCCUGCCAUUGGUUCUAGGGUGAAGUUGACAUCAAAGCCGCGGCCUUAUAUAAGCCAGGCCCUGGAGGGGAGGCCGCAGAAGGGUUAAACAGGUCUCUUUGCAUUGGCGUCCUCGCCAGCGACAGAAACAGGCAAGAAGGCAGCGGGGUUGCGCGUCUUGUCUUCAGCGUUGCCGCGGACUCUCCUAAAGCCGGCGCCCACCACAGCGCCGCCCCAGAGCCCACGGGUGGCCCCGGCAGUCUCUGGGGCGCAUGGGGCGGCGCUAAUCGAGCUGGCGGCGCAGGCCAGGGGCCGCUCCAACAUGAACCUCGUGGGCAGCUACGCACACCAUCAUCACCAUCACCACCAUCACCACCCGCACCCCGCGCACCCCAUGCUCCACGAGCCCUUCCUCUUCGGCCCGGCCUCACGCUGUCACCAGGAGCGGCCCUACUUCCAGAGCUGGCUGCUGAGCCCCGCUGACGCUGCCCCGGACUUCCCCACCGGCGGGCCACCGCCCACAGCCGCGGCGGCCGCCGCCGCGUACAAUCCGGACGCCAGGCCAGGCCAGAGCCCCGGGCGGCUGGAGACGCUCGGCGGCCGCCUGGGCCGGCGGAAAGGCUCAGGACCCAAGAAGGAGCGGAGGCGCACGGAAAGCAUUAACAGCGCGUUCGCCGAGCUGCGCGAGUGCAUCCCCAACGUGCCUGCAGACACCAAGCUCUCCAAGAUCAAGACUCUGCGCCUAGCUACCAGCUACAUCGCUUACCUGAUGGACGUGCUGGCCAAGGACGCGCAGGCCGGCGACCCUGAAGCCUUCAAGGCCGAACUCAAGAAGGCGGAUGGCGGCCGCGAAAGCAAACGGAAAAGGGAGCUGCUCUCAUGGUUGCCCGAGCGGACGCCGGAUCGGCGGUGCUGGCACAGGUCUCCGGCGCUCAUCACCAGCGAGGCUCGAGGACGCGCGCGGGUCACUUGGCGCUUUCUUGCUCCACAUCCGGAUCUGGAGGCCCUUGGCUUGGGGCUUGGGGCCGAGAAAGGGGACCCCGGGCAGCUCCGGGAUCAGGCGUGCGCUGGGCGUCUGGCCCCAGCAUCGGGGUGAAUAUGGGGACCAUUAGUCCGGGCUGUAAACACCGUGGCAGGGGCUGCGCGGCCACGCGGGCCUUCCCGGACGCGAAGGAGUUAAUAAAAGGUGUUUUAUGGGCGCGAGGAAACCGUGGGGGAGGUGUGAGCGUCUCUCCACUCCUACCCCCUACCUUUUUCUUUUUUUCCUCUCGCCACCCGCCGCCAGAUCAAACAGGCCCGCUAUUUAACUAGGGCAACACCUCGCGGUAAUGAGCCGAUCGCGCUCACCCCUCCCCCAGCCCCAGCCCGAGGCCCCGAAGCCCUUCAGGGAGGAGCAGAAAACUCGGUUUAUUUCUUCUCUUUUCAACAGCUGGAAAGCCCCUUAGAAAUCUUGACACGCGUGGGGAAACUGAGACUCGGGAGCAAGCCGAAGGCCGGCGUGCCUCAGCACGUAGGGAGCUUACCUGAAUUCGAACCCAGGACUCCAGCCUGGUCUGCAGACCAGCCUCUGGCUGAACACAGAGCGCAGCUCCCGCGACUAUUUUUAGCUGGGUGAAGUAUCCUAGGCACGGGAAGAAUGCGCACCCGGGUCCUGCUUUCUUAUAGCCUUGGCCAGUAAAAGGAGAGAGGGUACCGAGGGGUACCGCCCGCCGAAGCCAGACCCGAGUUUGGCAUAAGCAGGCCUCCACGGAAACCCCAUUAGCUGAUCCCAAACUCUCCUAGCGAAGACAGGGGUGAAGCCCCAAAUUCAGCCUCCUCGGUGUCCCGUCCCAGUAUCAGACCCAGGGCCUAGGAGCGGAGAUGAGGGCUGGUGCCCGUGGAGCAGGUCUCUGGGACUUACCCCCACUUUCCCCAAGCCUUACUCCAAGGGCCUGGAGGGCGCGAGCUACAUUUCCAGCCCUUACCGCCAGAUGGGAAGGUCAAGCCCCCAGAGAGUAAGGGGGCUGCUCCCAAGUUUCACGAGCAAGUCUGGCCCAGGGUCUCCAGUCUCGGGGUCCAGCUCCUCUCCCCUCUUCUGGGUACCAAGCCUCUCACUUCUUUAGCCCUGUAUCCCUGAAAUCACUUUCUUAUUCUCUCCCAAGUCUCAGCGCGGUUUGCCAGAAACCUUCCUCAUUCCAGCUGUGGCAGAACAGUGUCAUUAUUAUUUUUGAUUUAAGAACAUCACCUUUUGUUUGUUUUAAAAUCGGUGGAAUUGUCAUAAACUUAAAAAUAAAUCCCAAGAAUUUAUUCUAAGGAACUACUCACUGAUGUUACAAAGCUUUCACGAAAGGACUACGCUACUAGAGAGCAAAACAUAGGAAAGGACCCUGAUGUGCUAUAAUUACAGAACUGGUUAAACAAAUUCAUUAGUAUAGUGGUUUACUGCUGAGCAAGAAGCUAGAAAAAAGGUGGGAAUCAACAUGGAUAUUGUUCAUGAUAUAUUAUAGGGGGAAAACAAACCCAGUUUAUUAAAGACUGUCCAUUGUGACCUACUUUACACCAACUAGCUAAAUAAAUUUUGUGGGGGAAAAUGUGGAAAAAUAUGUAUCAGAACAUGUAUACUUCCAAGUUGUGGGAAUAAGGACAAUUUUGACUUUCCUCCCGCUUAUAUUUUUCACUUUCUUUUUUUACAAUGAAUAAGGAUCUCUUUUACAAUAAAAAUAAAGCUGCAAUUUCCUUCUGAUUUCUUCUGGGACCAGGGUACUUUCAGUAAACUUUAUUCAACAUACAUUGAUUGAGUGUGUCUACCUUGUGCUAGGCACUGUGGAUAUAACCAUAAUGAAUUAGAAAG